AUGUCUGAACCUAUUAUUGAUGCCAAGAGACAGCUAGAGGAAGUUCCUGGAGACUCUUCCGACUCGAAAAGGUUAAAAACUCAGGUAGCUGAGCAGGAAGCCGUCGACGAUGGCUUGCAUGAGUCAGAUGUUGGAAUUGUACAAUACUUGAGCAAGGAAAUACCUGGUUUCAGUGGUCAGAUCAAACAGCGGUACACCGACUUCCUAGUGCAUGAGAUCGACGAAGAAGGGAAUGUUGUUCAUUUAAAGGACAAAGGAUUUAAGAUGCCCAAGAAAGAACGUCCUUCAGCUGAGGAAAGCAAGGCACAACAUGAGAUUGAGCAUAAGAGAAGACAAGAGUUUGAAGUGAAGCCGGAACUGAGGCAGCAAUUAGUUGAAUUGCUGACCGAAGAUGACGUGAAGAAGAUUGAGGACGUUUUUCGUACUGCUCAAAAGAUGGAAACCACUAAGAGCUUCGAUGACAAGGGUGAGAGAACAAAGAUCCAUCAACUGCUGCGUGAAGCCUUUAACAACGAAUUGGAAUCGGUCACAACGGACACAAACACUUUCAAGAUCGCUAGGAGUGGUAGAAAAACGAGAGUGAGUAGACAAGCUCUUGUUGAACAGAACAAGGAUGCCAAUGGUGUUGAAAACUGGGGAUAUGGACCAACUAAAGAUUUUCUUCAUUUCACUCUGUACAAAGAGAAUAAGGAUACCAUGGAUGCAGUCAAUCUCUUGACCAAAUUUUUGCGUAUGCCAACUCGUGCAAUCAGAUUUGCAGGAACCAAAGACAGAAGAGGUGUGACGUGUCAGAGGCUCUCAGUUUCUCAUAUUGGUGUGGAUAGACUGAACGCCCUCAACAGGACGCUGAAGGGUAUGGUCUGCGGUGGCUUUAAAUUUGACGAUAAAAGUCUAAAUCUUGGUGAUCUAAAAGGUAACGAAUUCGUCAUUGUCAUCAGAAAUGCCAAAGUUCCAGAUGAUUCUAAAAUGAGCCUCGAACAGGUUGUCGAAAAUGGCACGAAGUUGCUAAGUCAAAAUGGUUUUGUCAACUACUUUGGUAUGCAAAGAUUUGGAACUUUCAGCAUUUCGACUCACGCCGUUGGGAAAGAACUACUGUCUGGUCACUGGGAACAAGCUGCAGAAUUGAUUCUUUCCGACCAGAAUAAUGUGUUGCCAAAAUCAAAAGAAGCAAGACAAAUUUGGGCUGAGACUAAGGACCCAACUUUAGCACUCAAAAAGAUGCCAAGACAAUGCCUUGCUGAGAAUGCCCUUCUUCAUUCGCUUUCCUCACAGAGAAAAGACGGUAACAACUUUUCAAAUAAUGCAUAUUAUACUGCUGUCAUGAAGAUUCCAAGAAACUUGAGGACCAUGUACGUUCAUGCAUACCAAAGCUAUGUAUGGAACGCUGUCGCUAGCAAAAGGAUCGAGCUAUAUGGUCUUGAAGUGAUAGAAGGGGAUCUCGUGAUAAUCGAUUCGAGCAAACCUCGAGAGGUUGAAGAAGUUGAGGAAGAUGAGUUUGAUGAAGAUCUGCGUGAUGCUAAGUUUGUUCGCGCUAGGCCGUUGACAAAGGCGGACAUCGAAUCUAGGAAAUAUACGAUCAACGAUGUUGUUCUGCCAACGCCCGGUUUCGACGUGGUAUACCCUGCCAAUAAAUCUUUAUUAGAUUUUUAUGUUGAGAUAAUGAAAGAAGACAACAUGGAUCCAUUUGACAUGAAGAGGAAAGUACGUGAUUUUUCCCUUGCUGGCUCUUAUAGAGCUUUGAUUCAAAAACCUACUGAGCUGGAGUACAAGAUUGUCAGCUACACUGAACCUACUCAACAGCUUGUCAAUACCGAUCUCGAGAUUUUAAAUAACCAAAAAGGAAAGGAUAAUAGCCAAAAAUAUAUGAAGGACAAGCUUGAAAGAUUUGUUCCUGAUAAAGGUGGUGACAAGAAAGCUGUCAUUUUGAAAUUCCAACUUGGUGUCUCUGCGUACGCAACCAUGGCAUUGCGUGAGUUGAUGAAGAUAGAAUCCUCACGUAGAGGCGACAUGUGUGACGUUAAAGUCUAA